AUGGAUCUGUUAAUCGAGGUCCAUUUGAAAGAUCACGAAGAGAAUACGAUUCGAAAAACUGUGUUCAAAAUUGAUGCAGAGGUAACAAAAAAGGCGAUGUCGGUCCCGGAUGGAGUGUUGUUGGGAAUGGGCAAUCCACUGCUUGAUAUUCAGACCAACGUCGACAAGGCUUUCCUUGAAAAAUGGGGACUCAAAGAGAAUGAUGCGAUUCUCUGUGACGAGAAGCACGUGCCGAUGUUUGACGAGUUGACGGCCACACAUCACGUCGAGUACAUUCCCGGGGGAGCCGCACAGAAUGCUGUCCGAGUUGCGCAAUGGAUCCUGAACGAGCCCAACAAAAUGACGUACUUCGGCGCGGUUGGCAGCGACAAAUAUGGAGAAAUGUUGAGGAAAAAGGCCGCUGAAGCUGGUGUCAAUGUGCAAUAUCAGGUGAACAACAAGGUUAAGACGGGAACGUGCGCCGCGUUGAUCAACGGGAAUAAUCGAUCCCUGUGUGCUCAUUUGGCCGCCGCUGAGACAUUCACCGUGGAACACCUUGAGGAUACUCAACACUGGAAAUUCGUUGAAACCGCUAAAUAUUUCUAUGUCGGGGGUUUCUUCUUGACUGUUUGCCCGCCAGCUAUCAUGGAAAUCGCGAAGCACGCGAAGGAGCACAAUAAGAUCUUCAUGUUGAACCUCUCCGCUCCAUUCAUCUCCCAAUUCUUCUACGAGCCACUCUCAAAGGUGCUACCCUAUGUUGAUUACCUUUUCGGAAAUGAGGACGAGGCUCGAGCUUUCUCAAAAGCUAGUGGAUUCGACACGGAAGACAUCCAUGAGAUCGCCUUAAAAGCCUCGCAAUUGCCAAAGGAAAACUCGAAGCGACCCCGCGUCGUCGUGAUCACCCAAGGAGCCGAGCCGACCGUCGUUGCACAAGAAGGGAAACUUCAGGAGUUCCCGGUGAUCAUCUUGCCAAAGGAAAAACUCAUCGACACAAAUGGUGCCGGCGAUGCUUUUGUGGGAGGAUUCCUCGCCGAGUUCGUUCGCGAGAAGCCGCUGGCCGAUUGCAUCUCGUGUGCCAACUAUGCUGCCUCAGAAAUCAUCCAACAACAAGGCUGUACUUUCCCCGACGAUUGCAAUGAAUUGAUGGACUCAAAUGAAACGCCAACCUAUUGUCAACUGCGCAAUGCGAUGAGCAUCUUGGAUGAGCACGAUGAUAUGGCCGGCUCACUCUCAAUCCCCGCCCAGCUACAUAUCGCUGAUGAUGAAAUCGAUUACGACGAAAAUGAUAGCAAUGACAGUGACACACCGCCGGAGCUACAGGAAAUCGACACGAGUCGGCUAUCGAAAGAUUCCGAGCCGGGAGAGCAAAAUGGGAAAACGAAAGAUUCCAUGCUACACGAACAGGAUCGACUCUUACCGAUUGCCAACGUCACCCGAGUGAUGCGCGGUCAAAUCCCGGCCAGCGGGAAAAUGGCCAAAGAGGCGAAGGAGCUCGUGCAGGAUUGCGUCUCUGAGUUCAUCUCUUUCAUCACCGCAGAGGCGAAUGAUCGAUGUUUGGAGGAAAAACGAAAAGUGAUCACAUCGGACGAUUUGCUCGAUGCUUUGAAAAAGCUCGGCUUUGAUGACUACGUUGAACCGAUGGAGGUCUUUUUAAAAAGAUAUCGAGCCGAGACGGGAAAACACGGCACGGCAAGACCGAACUCGGGAAGAAUCUCUGAACAAGCGAGUGGAUCGAACCCUACAACCGUCCACAACUCAACGAUGCCACCAUCGGUGAGCGCACACGCUGAAGAGCACACACAAGAGUACAUCGAUCAACAACAAGCCACUUAUGUUUACGCGGAAAACGUGCCCGAUCCAACGAGCCUCCAACCGUCAAACUAUCAAAUUAUGGUCGAUCCAACCACCGGGCAACAUUACUUGGCACAACCAGGCGAAGAAGAAGGCGAAUUAGAGUUGUUGCCGAUUAAUUUGAACGAUCAAAUCGCGCACUACGUCCUUCAACCACCACAACAAGAGGGAGAAGAGCCCCAUCCAGCGCAACACGAAGUCCAAGAAGCCAAGCAAAGCCCCCCAGCUCAGGCCUCACACCAAAAAUCUCCAAUCAAACGAUCUCCAAACUCAAAACAAAACGGGUCCAAACGGCAGAAAUUCUCU